UCGUGCUUACUAAACGCCAUUGUUGGACGAUUGACUGUUCUUUAAUUUUGUGUUAAAAUAAAACUGUUAGUUAAUAUAAACAUUAUAAAGGCGUUGUAGUGUAAGUGAUUAGCAUAAUAUAGUGCAAUAGUGGCAGUGAUUUUUUACUAACUUUAAAGUGGGGAAAUUAACACAAAAGACUAGUCAAUGUCAGCAGGCGUGUCAGAUCAGCGGAUGAAAGGACAGGGAAAUCAAGUGUCCAAUGGCCCUAAAGAACAGCUAGGAGCAGGAGAAGGAGCAGCAGGCUCUGAGGAGUUCGAACCAUGGAGAUCCCAGCAACAGAAUUCUGCCGCCCACACUGCCUACGGAGCCUCUGUUCCCAUAUCGAGUGCAACAGACAUAUACAACAUGAGUACUGCAGGAUAUUACGGCAGUGGAGGAACUUAUCCUUAUCAGGCGUAUGGUGUAGGAGAUGGAACAUGGUCAAACGGAACAGAUCCGAUGACAUUUUUAAGCGGUUAUCCUCACGACUCAUAUUCAAUGGACGGUAUGUUCGGUCCCUCAACAACAUUUUCUACUCCAACCGCGUUCGCAGGUCAACCGUCGUCUUUCAAUUACUUCCACAGCAAUGGCGAUUACAACACAUGGGGCAGCCAGCUAGGGGGUCAAAGAAAAUACGACGAUUAUUACAGGGAUCAUCAAAACAUGUACACUCAGGCAAUGCCAGAUUCUCUCAAAAGUGUCGAACAAGCCAUGCAAAAUUUAGAUCUUAAAGCAUCAGUAGAUUCGAAAGAAACUUUAGGUCAGCCUAAGAAAACCACAUGGGCAAGCAUAGCCAGUCAACCAGCAAAGCCUCAGCUCACCAUUCAAAAUCAAGGGCUCAAAAAGAAAGGACCUGGAAUGCCGCCGGGUCCCAUUGUUCCAGGGAAACAUAACAUGGACAUUGGCACAUGGGACACAAAUAAGAGCACCCCUCCUCAACUACCCGUUGUCAACAAUACCCCAAAAAAUGUGGUGGCAUCCGCCAUUGCAGUCAGGCCUGGUUGGAGCGGACCUCCAACAAGUAGGCAAGCCCCUCCUGCCCCCAGGCCUCCCCAGCAUCCCAUGCAAACCUAUCAGCCCCAGGGCAUGAUGCCUCCACAUUUGCCACCCCAAGUUAACAUACCGGCUGGCGGGCACAUGCAGGGUAUGAUGCCCCCUCCCAUGCCAAUGAUGGUGACACCUCCCACAGCCCCGACACACCCCGUUCUAGACGAACUUAAGGGUAAAAACAACUACAAUCCUUCAGAGUUCGAAUUGACGGCUCCCAAUGCUAGAUUCUUCGUUAUUAAGUCUUACUCGGAAGAUGACAUUCAUCGAAGCAUUAAGUACGAAAUUUGGUGCAGCACAGAGCACGGGAACAAGAGACUUGAUCAGGCUUACAGAGAGCGGGAGGGCAACGGGCCCAUCUAUUUGUUUUUUUCUGUGAAUGGUUCAGGACAUUUUUGUGGAAUGGCACAGAUGGUGUCCGCGGUUGAUUAUAAUGCGAAUAGUUCUGUGUGGUCGCAAGACAAGUGGAAAGGACAAUUUAAGGUGCGAUGGAUAUAUGUGAAGGAUGUACCCAACGUGCAGCUCCGUCACAUUCGUUUGGAGAAUAACGAUAAUAAACCAGUAACGAACUCUAGAGAUACGCAGGAGGUGCCGCAUGCUAAGGGUCUCCAGGUACUUCGAAUAAUGCACUCUUAUCGUCACUCAACAUCUAUUUUCGAUGAUUUUGUGCAUUACGAGAAACGGCAGGAAGAAGAAGAUAGCCGUAAACAACCAGUGGUGAAAGAUUCAGGUAAUCACGAAGGGGGUGGACGGGAGCACAGGGAGAGGGGAGAUCAUCGAGGAGGCAGAAACCACGACCGCGAUGGAGAUAGGGAUAAUCAUCGAUCUGGUGGCCAUAGAAGCAAUGAUCACCAUGGUGGACAUCAUAAGGAUAAAGGUGACAACAAUAGAGGACGUGGUGGAAGAGGCGGUCGUAAUUAAACGUAAAAAGUUCUUUUAAAAAUAAACGCAUUGUUAUGGCCGCUGUUUACUGUAGUGUUAUCUAUUACUAGCUUGUUAUUGGUAUAUUUCACAUAGACGUACAGAUUCAUACUUGAUCCGUAUCCUUAAUUUGCAUGUUUUAGAAAUCAAUCGAUAGACGACCCAUUAGUUUUUUACUACAUAAUUUUCUUUUCUGUAAUUAUUUGCUAUAAUCAAGUUAUUUUCCAUAAUAUCCGGUCAAACUGUCUGGUGUAGAGACCUCUCUAUGUGGCUAAAAUUUCCAGUUAUUUUGUACGUGUGGGUUUCCUUAAACUCUUAAUAAUGAUUUAAACUAAAGGUAUAUGGAUAAUAUAGUAAACUAGUUGUAAAAUAACAAACUUAGUAGCUCACUCUUCGGAUCGGGCUUAAUGCAAUCAAAAAUUUAAAAAAUAAUAGUGCAGUGUUUUCGUUUGCUGGAGUGAUGGACUUCCUAAUAAAUUAAAAUGUAAUAUAAAUAGAUGGACAAUGUGACAUAGUUGAAUUUAAAAUAAAGUGUUGAUUUUCUGGACUAAUUUAAUCUACAGUUGCUGAGGAUUGUGAUGAACGACGCGGACUGUGGACAGAACAGAGAACAUCUCCGGGCAACACAACUGAACUUGAGGAUGUGAAAGUGAUCACAACACAAUCUUAGAACUAUAUAACAAAUUGGCUAUAUUUAGUUGUUGAACACUGACAAGUUUGUUUGUAUUUGUUACAGUUUACUAAUGUUUUUCAAUUUUCUAAUCUUGUAGGAGAUGAAUAUGAACUGUGUGCACAUUAUAAAGAGUUUGUUGAGAAUAAAUAGUUUAACAUAAGACCUACCAAAUUAUACAUGCUAUGUUCCUAUUAUUAUGUUCGUUACAUACUUAGGCAAAUGUUUAUCGCGCAAAUAAACUGUGAAAAAUAUAUCGGAAUAUGGCCUAAGGAUAUGAACAAGUAAUUCUUAGUUUUAUAAGAACUACGAUUUUUGAUUGAAUGGACUCUUUUAUUAUUAAGCUUAAAAUAUAUUGUAUAAAAUUUUCUCUUCUAUAAAACGUGUAGCAGCUAAUAAAAUUCAAAAAACAUUCUUAAAAUUAUCAUUAAUCAUGUUUAUACCGAGUAAGGAACAGGAAUUUGGCCUUUUAAUUAUCCAAAAUUCACAGAAAAAUUCCCUGAUUUUCAGUUCUGUAUUGAAAAAGUUAAAUGUAAUGAAUAAAAUGUGUUUCGAAAUUUUGAUUUUCAUUUAGUCAGUAACGUUUUCUUAUUCAAUUUUGGUAUAUAUUAAUUUAAAAUAUGUUCUACUGUAUAAAUAAAGUUGGUCAAAAAUUGAUUUAACCAUUUUUAUUAAAAAAAUGUAGGUAAAUGAAAGUAAUACAGAAAAAUAUUAUGUAUCAUAAUGCUAUUAAGUACCGAUAAAGAAAUUUCAUAUACAUACAAUUGUAAUUUGUUUAUAAUUUUUUUGCAGUUUAUUUGUACAUUGAAAACCAUUGUAAAUAUAAUACCAAUUUGUACAAAAAUGUAUAUUCAGAAAAAUGUUUUAUUUAAUGUAGGUGCUACUUUAUUCCCGUACGAGAAUUUCUUUUAUAUAUUUUUUAUAUUUAGAAACAAAAAGGCUGAGAAAGAUUGUAGAGAAAAUUUGUAAGAUAAAAAUUGUAUGUAUCUGAUCUAUAUAGUUGUAACAUAAUUUGAACAUAGCGUGUUAUCAUUUUGAUGUCUAUUUGUACACUGUGCCUAAUAUGUUAGACUGAUGCACCCACAAAAGUGCAUUGUUGAUUACACCGAUUCAAAUGUGUGAUCCGAACAGUGGGCAUCUUCUGUUGAUAGCUAUAUCAAUAAAGCAUCAAUAAUAUUAUGAUAA